AUGAAUCUGGUUUUAACUUUGGUGUUUACGUUACUAUUUAUGUUACAACAAAUAAAAUCUGAAGAAAAGAAUCCGUACUUAGAGGCUCUUCGCAACAAAUCAUGGAAAAGUAUUCAAAAAUAUGUAGAAGUUCGCCCUGGUGCUCAUAUUUUCUACUGGUUUUAUUACGCUGAUGGUACUAUAAUUGAUGCCGAUCGAAAACCACUGAUUAUAUGGAUUCAGGGUGGACCAGGGCUUGCGGCAACUGGAAUAGCAAAUUUUGCUGAAAUAGGGCCGUUAACUAUGGAUAUGCGACCUCGAAACCAUACAUGGGUACAUGGCAGAAAUUUACUGUUAAUAGAUCAUCCAGUCGGUACUGGGUUUAGUUAUGCUGAAAAUAAAUCUUUAUUUGUAAAGACAGACAAAGACGCAGCAAAAGAUCUUUUGAGACUAAUAAAACAAUUUUUAAAAACGCAUAAAGAAUUCCGCAAGACGCCAACGUAUCUAUUUGGUCAGAGUUAUGGAGGUAAAUUAUGUCCCAGAUUGGGUUAUUAUUUAUACACGGCAAUAAGAAAUAAACGUUUAAAAAUGAACUUCAAGGGUAUUGGCAUCGGAAGUGGAUGGGUAGAUCCGAAACAAAGUACUUUAGUGCAGCCAGAUUAUCUGUACCACAUGGGUGUUAUUGAUGUAAACACCUAUACAAAAACAAUGAAAAUAGCAAGGAAAAUGAGUUACUUAAUUGAGAAGAAAGAAUACGCUACUGCCGGAAAAUUGGAUAGUUUGAUGUUUAAUAUUCUGAACGUCGAAGCAGGGAUGGAAAUUAACUUUAAUAAUAUCAACCAGCCAAGUCCAUACAAAGACUUAGAUGAGUUAAAAAUCAAAGUAAAUAAAUACGUUAAACCAAUUUUGUUAGAAGUAAAUCAGACUUUGGAAUGGAAUUAUAUUUCGGAUGAAGUAUUCCAUGCUUUAAAUGAAAGUUUUCUAGUUCCUUCAACUAAAUACCUCGAAACUCUUCUGAAUCAUACGAAUCUCAAAAUUGCAAUCUACAAUGGAAAUCUGGACAUUGUUACACCUCUUGCCGGUGCUACAAAUUGGGUACACGCGUUGAAGUGGCAUGGCACCCAAGAGCUACUGAACGCUAAACGUAUAACGAUUCGUGGCAACAAAAAUGGCUUUUUCAAAGUAGCGAAACAACUCAGUUUUUGGAAUGUUUUUGGUUCAGGACAUUGGGUUCCGGAAGACAAUCCUGCGGCAAUGGAGCAAAUUUUGGAGCAUAUGAUGGACGAUAGUACAUAAUUAUCUUCCUAUAUGUUAAGACUGAGUAUUAUAUACCAAUGUUUAUAUAAAACUAUGUACUUUAGUGUAAGAAGUAUAAAAUUAAAACAAGUAGGUACUUUGUUUAGAACAGUAUAUUUUGUUCAAUUAAUAAAAUCGAUAUACAAUAAAAUAAUUACAUAUUUACAUCAAUAAAUAACAAUUACGCAAUCAUUGUAUUGAAGCACCUUAAUCGUCAAUGUCUUUAAAUUUGUUCUGAAUUUUUUAGAAAAAAAAAAAAAAAAUUGUUAAAGGAAAAGGAGAAAAGGUUUACAGUAUCUACAUCAAGUGUUUUUGUUGUAUUUAGUUAAAAUUGUUUAAUAAAACAUGCCAUAUUAAAAGUGCUACAAAGCUCUUGUAAUUUUAUAGUUUUAAAGACAGCACAGUUUAUUUUGCAUUUAAUAACAAAAGCAGUUUAAUGCUAAUAUUAUUGUAAUUUAUUUUGUACAAAGAUAUAACAUUUUGUAAAACUAAUUGUAGUGAGGUAAAAUAAUUGGAUGAGCAGCGAUAACCAAUACAGCGUUGUUGUGAAUAAUAUUAAAUAAUAAUAAACGCUUCACGCUCAACGGCCUUCGUCGGGGGUCCGCAAACACACAAUACACAAGCACAAACACCCAGACCACGACAAACAUCUUUAUGGCCAAUACAAAAGUCUGUCGUAAGCGGGGUUCGAACCCGCGACCGCCAGAGCAACAACAGUGCUGUGACCGCUGCGCCAACGCGUCGGAAUAAAACAAACUAUAGGGAAAAUUAUAUCAUUCAUUAAUAUUUAUGUUAAAGUAUACGUAGGUAAUCUAUUAUGUGAAUUAAUUCAAUCAACUUGAUGAAGCUCCGAAAAUAAAAACAUAAUAACAUU